CCUAGUUCUGCACUCAUUACAAUUGGUAGCAGAGCGUAGUUCUAUGCCCUUUUGGGGAAAUUGUUUCAAACUCCUGCUUGGUCCAGUGCUUUUGGCAAAAUCCACUUAAGUGUUAGUGUGGCACUACUCCUGCACAAUGGAGGAUUUGUUGUGUUUGGGUGAUGUUGAUGGCCAAGGUGUAGCUGGGGUUAAAGUUGAGUGUAAGGAGGAGAGCAGGGAGGUGGAAGUGACCCCAGAGGUAGUUGAUAACUUAAUCAGUACCAAUGCUCAGUUAUCUCAAGCAGUGGCACAACUGUGUAAUAAGUUUGACCAAAUGGGGCACAUGCAAAACAUGGUGUGGUCACGUCCUGUCCCCACUAUUGGAAAAUUCUCUGGAAGGGUACGGAGGGCCAGUGAGUUGGAUGACUGGAUAGAGGAUGCCACAGAGAAAAUAAAGCAGCUGGGAUUACAGGGCUCUGAGGGAGUGUCAUACCUGUGUGGGUUCUUGGAAGGCCCAGCCCGUCGAAGGGUCCGCAACAGUACUGUGAAGACUGUGUCUGACCUUUUUGAUUGUUUGAGGUCUGCUUUUGGACCAGAGCUGAAUUAUACAGACUUAGAAAAACAGCUGCAUGCUCGGGUUCAACAGCCGGGUGAAGGAGUGUGGGAAUUUGCUGAUUCUCUGGGUGUUAUUGUGGAUAAAAUGUACAAAGUGAGAGACAAGGGAGAUAAAGAACGGCAAUGGCUGCUAACUACAUGGUUCUGUAGGAAUUUGAGAGACAGAAAAGUAGGAGUGAAGUUGGGAAAAUGGUGGGAAAAGCACCAGCCUGUGAAGUGGGAGGACAUGGUUCAGCAGCAGCAGCAGCCACCGACACAGCCGUCCAAGCCAGCUGAUCCUUUUGCUGAGCUGGGUAACCUGGCUGGCAUGGGAGGCUGGGGAGGAUCCAAGCCCACCACACCCAAAGGAGGCACUCCUGCUGGUGGCACUCCCAUGGGGGGCAGCACCCCCGUCAUGGGCUCCCCCCAGCACCGGCCCCAAGCACCAGGGACCUGGCAGGGACACAUGCCAGGCACAAUGGGAGGCCAGGCUGGAGGCUGGCAGCAACAACAACAGCAACAACAACAACAACAACAAAAACAACAACCUCCAAGACCCCCCUACACACCACAGCCACAGCCACAGUUCCAGACCCCCACAGGCAAAACCCCCACUGGCACCCCCCACCACCAGAUGAAGUCUCCGUCACAGCCCAACUACGGCCGAGCCAACUUUGAUGCCGACAAGAAUUCUGGCGGUGCGGGCAAGGGCAGAGUGGGAGAGGAUGCCUUUGGUGACCUUCUUGGCUCUCAGGGCUUCAGCUUCAGUAGUGGGAAGGACACUGGCCCACGCACCAUGGCACAGAUGAAGAAGGUGGAGUUGGCCAAGAACAUGGACCCAGAAAAGCUCAAGGUAAUGGAAUGGACGGAAGGGAAGAAGAAGAACAUCCGGGCGCUGAUCUGCUCACUGCACACCAUCAUCUGGGACGGGUGUAAGUGGAAUGAGUGUGGCAUGCACCAGAUGGUCCAGCCCAACGAUGUCAAGAAGAUGUAUCGCAAGGCUUGUCUGGCUGUGCAUCCUGAUAAGUGUACGGGGACAGAACAUGAAUCUCUGGCCAAACUAAUCUUUAUGGAGCUUAAUGACGCAUAUUCUGAAUUUGAAAAUGACCCGAGCCAGCAGCAGAUAUUCAAGUGAGGAGGAGGAGGAGAAGGAAGAGGAGGUAAGACAGGUGAUCCAGAGAGAGUAGCUGUGAGGCUUUACCACUGUGCAUGUGUGGGCAGUGAUACAACCUUGCCUGGCACAUCCCUGGCUUGUACUCUGCCUGCCACCAUCACAGUGC